UCGUCGGAUACAUCCAAUCCAUACAACCAUAGCUAGGCACCGCAGCUUCGUACUCGUACUCGUACAUCAGAUCUCUCUCAUGCAGUGACCAGCGUGGUCGACAAAUUGUCGAGUCCUUUUGAAAGACUGAGGGGAAGCGGUGCGUGACUACUCUCGACCUUGAAACAGAUGGAGAAGCUCGAACGGGCCCGCAUUCAGCAAUUGCCGUCGGAUGCAUUCUACAUUGCGGAUUUUAUCUCGGCGGAGGAGGAAGCCCUGCUGCUCAAGAAGAUCAUCAACGCCCCGCUACCGCGCUGGAUGCAUCUUGCGCACCGUCGACUUCAGACAUGGCCGUCUGCGUUGACAAAGACCGAUACGCUCAUUGCCUCUCCGCUUCCCUCCUGGCUCGUCUCGCCCAUCGCGACCCCUCGGUUCGAUGACCUAAGCAUUUUUCGAAACGCGCCGCACGGCGCCCCGAAUCAUGUCCUCGUGAACGAGUAUCGUCCAGGACAGGGCAUUAUGCCCCAUGAAGACGGCGCAGCAUAUUACCCGCUCGUGGCUACGGUGAGCCUUGGCGCACCGAUUGUGCUGGAUCUGUAUGACAAGCCCACGAUCGAUACCAAUGACAGCCUGGGCCACCAACCGAGGUAUCGCAUCUUGCAGGAACGACGUAGUUUGCUGGUUACCACGAACAAGAUAUACACGGAUUUCCUGCAUGGGAUCGCCGAGACAAACAGGGACGAGCAUCUCAAUGACAGUACCAUCUGCAACUGGGACUUGCUGGGGGAGCCUGAACGGUACGACUGUGGCUGGUCACAAAGGGAAACCAGGAUAAGUCUGACUUAUCGUGACGUGCUCAAAAUUGCGAGGCUGGGAAGCACAAUGAAAUUUCUGAGUACACAAUAGCUCGCGCUCGAGACGACCU